CUCGCCGCACCUUACCGUUUUUGGAGAUCACGUGGUAUAGAGAGAUGGAGCUGAUGUAAGAAUGAUAUAAGCAGAUGACAUAAUUUAAUUGCUUAUGUAAGUUUAAAGAGUUCCAGACGGCAGAAGCAGAUUUGGAGCUUUUUGCUUCAGACACAGCAACGACGGGGAAGAAAAGACGAAGAGGAAGAUGGUGAGCUGAAGAGCAGCUCGUGGAGACACUGGGAAUUGAUAUUCUGACAGAUAAUGGUUCAUUUACAGCAUCAUGAGUUCUCCAGCCCAAUUUCGCCCGCUUCGACCUGAGUCUCUGCUCAUGCGCCUGGCCCGGAACAGCAGCAGCAGCAGCAGCCUGGUUACUCCAGUCCUUAUACGACAUAGCCGUUAUGCGACCCAGAGCAGGCUAGGUGGCUCGAAGAAUGGCCAGCCAACGCGGAAGUCGAUUACUGUAGCCAGCGAUGACGGUACGGUCAAAUGGGGACAACUUUCGCGUGCAGAGAAGGCUGCGCGAGCUACGCAGCAGUCUGUCAAUUUUCUUGUCAUUUUGGCCGGGGCAGCGAUGACGUGCGGAGUUUUAACGUUUCUAUACCUCGACGUAUUUGCGCCCGACAGCAAGACGAACCAAUUCAAUCGUGCAGUGAAUCGCGUGAAAGAUAGCGAGGAAUGUUUGGCUCUUCUUGGAGAUAGCGGGCAGAUCAGAGCCUAUGGGGAGACGUCUUGGAACAAGUGGACGAGAAACCGACCAAUUGCCACCACAAUUGAGAAAGAUAGGGAAGGCAACGAGCAUAUGAGGAUGAAUUUCCACGUCAGCGGCCCACUCAACGAUGGUGUCGUGUUAGUCCACCUGGUCAAGCUGGCUGGACAGAGUGAUUUCGAGUACCACCUCCUCGCCCUAGAUGUUAAAGGUUAUCGCCGAGUUUAUCUCGAGAACGCAGAUGCGGGCAAGAAGUACGGAUCAAAAAUUUUUGGAAUUCGCUGGCGGUAGUUCAUAUGUCUUCGGUGAGUGUAUACUUAUGGGUAUGUACGAUAUCGGGUAUCUCUACAUGUCAUGUCACAGUCCACCUCCCAACUCUGAAGUUGCAGCCUUAUGGCAUUGGUAGACCUGGAACUGGCCUUCCGGUGGAAGUAUGUUUAUUUUGUGUCUUCAUUUUGGAUUUUCCUUACGUUAAAGUUGACUCCAGCGAUAUAUGUGCCUUGUUUUUGCGACGGGCAAUUAAAAUACAGGGCAAUUGUAUGUAUACGCACUUUGAUCUCCGUUUAUCUCUCGUGCAAAUUUGACUGGCCCAAGGUUGCCGUCAAUGGAUAACCGCGGAGUACUCUGUACAUCGUCAAGAUCUCCUGCAUUGAUUGCUGUAUGUGUGGGCUGCCUAGGGGGCGCUUUUUUCCUACAAGGUAAUUGUUUGGUCGCCCCUCGCAUACAUUUCGCCUCUUAUCAGCCAACACUUGCAGGGAUACGAUACCCCGGUUUUCCUCUAGAACAAAUAAAUUA